AUGCAAUCUUUACAUUCUCCUCCUCUCACGUUGACUUCACCUAACAUUCCCAAAUCACAACUCGACUCCAAAUUUAGCUUCUCCCCACCAGAAAACCCCUUCUCCCAUGCACUCCUCACGCUGCGUGCAUGCGCCGUCGCCCAGCCCGAGGACACCAAAACGGGCCCUUCCGCUCACGCUCGCAUGGUCAAGUCCGGCCUCGACGCCGACGUCUUUAUCGGCAACUCCCUCAUCGACAUAUACUCCAAGGUCGACCGGUUGGUCGACGCCCGCAAGGUGUUCGAUCAUAUGCCCCACAGAACAGUUGUCUCGUGGACUUCCAUCAUGUCGGCCUACAACCGACACAGGCUUCCCCACGAGACGAUUCUACUAUUUACGCAAAUGCUCGAGUGUGAAGUCGUGCAGCCAAACGAGUUCACGCUUGCCGUGCUCUUACAGGCAUGCGCUUUGAGAUGUGAUAGGGAUUUAGCUGAGAUUGUUCAGUGUCUUGCGGUGAAAACGGGUUUUUUAGCAGACGGGUUUCUGCUAAAUUCGUUGGUAGACGCAUUUGUUAAAUCCGGGAUGUUGGCUGCGGCGGAAAAACUCGUGCUGGGAACGGCUAAACGGGACGUGGUCUCGUGGAGUUCGGUUAUUUCCGGUUUGGUGUCAUCACGUGGGAAUAACGCUGAACGGGCGGUGGAAAUGUUUUGCCGCAUGCUUGAAGAUGGCGUUUCGCCUAAUGACGUGACGAUGGUGGCCGUUCUGAAGGCGUGCUCGGUUAUUCGCGACUUUGAGAUUAUGCGGUGGGUUCAUGGGUUGGUCAUGACAGGAAAUUGGUCUGUAAAUUCGUUGGUGUUGAAUUCUCUUAUGGAGAUGUACUCUGUAAACGGGUACUUAUUCGACAGCGUGAAAAUCUUUUCCCAAUUUUCUUUUAAUAACGACGGUCGGUAUCCCUCUGUUGAAACCAUGGCGAACCUUCUGCAGGGGUGUGGGAAUUACGAAGAACUGAAGCUAGGCGAAGAGAUUCACGGGUUCUUGAUCAAACACGGUGUUCUCCCCUGUACCGUUGCGGAAAAUUCGCUCGUGAAUAUGUACGCGAAAAACGGACUCACAAACUCUGCUUUUCUACUCUUUACGAAAAUGGUUGAGCGAGACAUUAUCUCUUGGAACACGAUUAUGAAUUGCCUCGUGAAAAAUGGCGACCCGUCUCGCACGUUGACCCUUCUCCGUCAAAUCCACCUGGAAGGUGGUCCGUGCCCGGAUUUCCUCACGUUCCUCACGUCCCUCAAAGCUUGCGCUGACCUGGCGCUUCUUGCGCACGGCCAGGUCAUUCACGGCUACCUGACGAAAACCGGGCUUCUGGGGGACACAUUCGUCCAGAAUUCCAUAAUCGACAUGUACGCAAAGUCGGGUAAUCUAGACCAUGCCAAAAGCACGUUCGACGAGAUGCUCGAACGGGACAUCGGUUCGUGGAACUCGAUUAUCGCGGCACACGGGACAAACGGUGAUGGGAUUUCCGCUCUAAAUCUGUUUUCAAAUAUCGAGAAAUCAUCGGGAAAGUCGAGACCUAACUCGAUCACGUUCGUCAACGUUCUAUCGGCCUGCGCGCAUGCCGGGCUAGUCGAGCAAGGAUUGGAGAUUUUCCACUCGAUAGAGUCGAAGUACGGUUUGAGUUUACGCGCGGAACAUUAUGCGUGUGUGGUAGAUUUAUUGGGCAGGGCAGGGAGAGUUGAGGAGGCCGAGUUGUUUGUUCGUAAAAUGCCGAUAAAACCGGGGCCGGACGUGUGGGGGGCUCUAUUGAGCGCGUGCGUGCUAGCUGGCAAUUUGGGGAUAGCCGAGCGGGUGGCGAAGGAGCUCUCGGUUUUGGAACCGGAGAGCGGUGCAUGGAGAGUAGCGCUUGCGAAUGCGUAUGCGGCUGCCGGAGAGUGGCGGCAAGUGGCGGCAAUCAGGGCGGAGAUGAGGGAGUCGGGGUGGGGGAAGGAAGGGGGGUGGAGCAGCGUGAAUGUGGACGGGUUUGAGGUCAGGUUCAUGGCAGGCGAGACCGAGUGUCUCGAGAGCUGGGUGAUUUAUGAUGUCGUUGGCCGGUUGGGAAAUCACGUGAGGGACGCGUGGCUGUAA